AUGGAGACAAAUAUUCACCAGCACUCUAAUCCAUUGCUUCACAUUUAAAAUCAACAUCAGCAACAGUAGCAAUAGCAGCACUAUCUUCAUAAUAAUUUCUAAGAUUAAAAUCAGUUGAAUAUAUAGAGUUCUCGAGCUCAACUUAUCUCUACUCUUCAAUAUUAGCUCGCAGUAUGUUUCUAAAACGUCGAAAAUGCAAUAAAUAUUCUGACAUGCACUGUACCAUCUUUGUGUCAAAAUUCUGUUGAACUCUUUAGGGUUGUAGAUGAAUAAGAGAAGAAAAUAAGAGAGCUAGAAUAAGCAAAUUAAGCUUAAGCUUAGAUAAUUGGGGACAUCUAAAACAGAAUUAUCAUAAAUCAACCUAUGAUGAAGUUAAUGCAAUAUUAAAACUAACUGCCUAUUUCAACUACAGGCCUAUAAGUUAAAUAUGAAUUGAAAAAUGACUAGAUUCUUGAAAAUUAAAACUCAUCAAUAUCAAAUAAUAAUCAUGAGUCAAAUCAAUUGAAUGGCAACUCAGUCACUAAUGAACUUUUAGUUCAAAAUAGUAUUAACAAUACAAAUCAACCAAUUAGAAGUAAUAAUGGAUUUAGCUAUUUAAGUAAACAAGGAUUCACUGGAGUUACUAAGAAAAAUUUGGCUAGCAAUAAAGUUGAUAAAGAGAAUCAUAAUGUCGUUAAUGUGGAGAAUGAUAAAUCAUUGGAGAAAAAAGGGGAGAUUCAGAAUUCUGAAAAUUAAAGUAAUGGUCAAUAACCAAACCUAUCUAAACCAACCACAGUAUCUGACGAUGAAUACGAAACUUAUUUUGACAUCAAUGAGGAAUAAGUCCAAGAUAAUGACAACUCUUUAAUUAAUCCAUUGAAUAUUACACAUAAUAGUCAGUAAUCAAACUCAUAACUAGGUGUUAUUUAAAAAAUAUCUGCAAAUUAGAUGAAUCUUAGGAAACAAGGCAUUAUUGAUAUAGAAGAAUUCUAAUAAACUGAGAUUAACAUGAACCAAGGAAAUACUCCUAAUUAUGAUAAUGGGACUAAGGAAAAAUAAAAAACAACAAAACAAUAAAAAUCUAAAAAAGAUGAUCAAACCAAUUAGUAGUCUUAAUGGUUUCAAAAGAAAGAAGAUAAGUAAUAGCAAAAGCUAAAUUCAAAUGUCUAUUAGCCUAAUAGGUAUCGAGAUAAGCUUAAAAGGAAAGCAACUACUACUUCAAAGGAUAUUGUUUCAAUAGAAGAUGAUAUGGGUCAAGGAUAAAAUUAAUUGAAUGUCGAUGACUCAAGUAUUGAAAGUGUAAAAAACUAUGAUUAAUAUAACUAGCACAAUUAUCAGUAGACUCCAAAUUUUAUAGGUAACAACAUUAGUUUAGACAGGAUUAAUAUAUGCUAGUCUUCACCUCAGAUAUUGCUUGAACAGGAUAUUGACACUUAACAUCUUAGAUUUUAGAAUAUAUUGAACUAAAUGGGACAAAAUAACAUUAUGAGUAAUUCAGGCUAGGAUGUGGAAAUGAAAGGUUUUGAAGACAAUGAGUUAAAUUUAAACACUGCUACUACGAAUGGUAGUGACGCUAUUAACAAUCUAAUCACUCACCAAAAUCUUAAUAACAUCCUUUAGAUUCCAUAGCAACAAUAGCAAUUGGAAAACUCUCUUGGCUUUGAAAGUUACAUUGGAGAAUAAAAGUAAAACAAUUUGAAGUAAAGAGCUGCCAAUGACAAGUGA